UGAUGCGCCUGCCGCCGCACGGUUCCAGGUUCGAUGCCUGACAGUGACGUAAUGGUGUUUUUAUAUGAUCUGUGUUGAGAUUUAUUAAUGAAAUAAAAAGUGAUGAAUUUCAGUCUAAAUGAAAUUUGGAAAAUAAAAUAAAUUUUUGUGAGCGCGCAUUACUAUGAUGAAACUUUUUCACUACUCAUGUAGAUAUAUUCUAGAUUCACAAAAAAUGGUAGAAUCUUCAGUUGUUCAACAGUGUUGAACAAGUUUCACUUGUAGACAUAGUGAACUAGUAAAGUAUAGAAAGACGGAAAUAAACAACGAACGUGACAUGUGCAUUUAAUAGUGUGUAUAAUAUAAUAGUGUUGAUAAAAACUAAACAAAAAUGGGUUGUGGGUCGUCCGGAAACGUAGUCCCAGCGCAAGAGAACACCGCAAAUGGACAUAAGCCCGCAAAUGGACACGGCGCCGCAAAUGGCCACAAAGACAAUCGGGAAGACAAUGAUGACUUGCCAACGGUUGUACUACCCGAGUCGCCGGUCAAGGCUAAACCUCUGCUUCUUUUUCCAGCGAUAGCCUUCGAAAUACCGCUAGAAGAGUUCGACGGAACACGACGCGAGUCGACCCACACCCCUCCGCCCCACUUGCAGCGGCUGCUGCAACCCCCACAGCCUGAGAUCACCCUCCCAGAUAUAGAAGAGAAGCUGGCCGAAGCUGAACAGAGGAGGCAAACGAUCUUGCAACAGAGAGCUGCGUCUGCGCAGAAGAGGGCUCAAAAGAUGAUGAAGUCACUUCAUGAGAUGGACAGGCUGGACUCCGAACAUGAACACACUGACACCACCAAUAAACACGGGAUUAAUUCAGUGACAAUACCGCCGGAACCAGGAGUUUGUGAAGACAAACACAUCACCUAGAUUUAUUUACUCUCGCUUUAGAUACUUUUAUAUUCAAAACUAAAGACUCGUCCCGGGUUCGCUCGUGUAAUAAUAUAAUAAAUAUACACCUAAACCAUCCUCUAGAAUCACACUAUCUAUUGGUGAAAACCGUAUGAAAGUCCAUCCAUAAGUUUUUGAGUUUAUCGCGAACAGAUAGACAGGUGCGGCAGUGCACUUUAUUUUAUAAUAUGUAAGGAUAAUGAGUUCAACCAUAAUCAAUAUUAUUGUAAAAGACACUAGAAUUGAAUUAAUUCAUAACAUUGAAAAUAUGCGGACUUUUUGCGUAAUAAUAUAAUUUAUUACAUACAGAAUACUACUUUAAAAUAUUUUACUCAGUAAAUACCUUAGUAAUAUUUUGUUUUACUUUGUGAUAUUAUAAUAAUAUUUUAAAGUUUUAAUUUUAUGUUUUUUUAUAAUGAAAAUAGUUAUUUGUUUUAUUACUAUAAGUAUAACAAUGCUAUUUAUGUUAAUACUAAUACAUGUUAUAGGAAUAUAAUUAUUUUUUAU